AUGGAAACUACUAAAGAAAAACCAGUAUUUGAACACCAAGGUUACUUGUAUAUUUUUAAUAAAGAAUCUUCCAACAAGAUAAUACGGUGCUGUCAUAAUUAUCGUCAUGGUCAAUGCCGCGGCCGACUUCAUACGAUGAACGAUCAGGUUAUACAAACACAAGGUGACCACAACCAUCAGUCAAUUCAUUCGGCUCGAGCAUUAAUCGAAGUACGUAUAAAAAUGAAUAACGCAGCUAAACAAACUACUAAUACAACACAUGAUAUUGUAGCUGAUAGUAUAUUCAAAUUAUCUGAUCAUGCUGUCGCAUCAUUACCAAAUUUGCAAAAUCUUAAUAGAACUGUUCAACAGAUUUGUCAAAAGCAUCAAAACUCAUUACCAUUACCAGCAAAUCGCAAUUCACUUGUUAUUGAUCCACUAUUUACAGAAACAAAUCGUAAUCGUACAUUUUUACAAUUCGAUUCUGGACCAAUUGAUCAACGUUUAUUAAUCUUUUCUGCCAAGAAAAAAUUUAAAAUAUUAGAGAAUACAAAUUAUAUCUAUUUAGAUGGGACAUUUAGUGUGAUUCCUGAAUUAUAUUUUCAAUUCUACAGUAUACAUGUCGCAUAUUUAGAUCAUAUCCUGCCAACAGCUUAUGUUGUUUUGUCUGUGAAAAUGAAGACUGGACAUCAAAUUCGAUCUUUACCUGCUUUAGCAUUUUUACCAACUAAUGAUGUUAUUCCAACAUUUGAUGAAAUAAAAGCUCAAUUUCCAAUAGAAGACGAAUCUGUAUUAAAGUACUUCGAAGAAAAUUAUAUUGGUGUUAAAACUCCGUCAUCAAGACCAAGAUAA